CGGCGAUCAGAGCGCUCCGGCACAGCAGUGGCAUGCUUCAUGGAGGUAUCCUCCUCUCACUGCCCUCUGCACCAGCAACAUGGAUUGUCACCUCUCCGUCCUCCUCCUCCUCAGCUGCUCUGCUCUCGGCUGCUCCGGGGAAGUGACUGUCCCUCCCUCCAACGAAGUCAAUCUGCUGGAUUCGAAGACAGUCCAAGGGGAGCUGGGCUGGAUCUCCUACCCAUCACAUGGGUGGGAAGAGAUCAGUGGUGUUGAUGAACAUUACACACCCAUCAGGACUUACCAGGUGUGCAAUGUCAUGGAUCACAGUCAAAAUAAUUGGCUGAGGACAAACUGGGUCUCCAGGAACUCGGCUCAGAAGAUCUACGUGGAGCUCAAGUUCACUCUGAGGGACUGCAAUAGCAUUCCACUGGUUUCGGGAACUUGCAAGGAGACUUUCAACCUGUAUUACAUGGAGUCAGAUGAUGAUCAUGGGGUCAAAUUCCGAGAGCAUCAGUUUACAAAGAUAGAUACCAUUGCAGCUGAUGAAAGUUUCACUCAAAUGGAUCUCGGGGACAGAAUUCUUAAACUCAACACUGAGGUUAGAGAAGUAGGUCCUGUCAACAAAAAGGGAUUUUAUUUGGCUUUUCAAGAUGUUGGUGCUUGUGUUGCCUUGGUGUCUGUGAGGGUAUACUUCAAAAAGUGCCCAUUUACGGUGAAGAAUCUGGCUAUGUUUCCAGACACAGUACCCAUGGAUUCCCAAUCCCUGGUGGAAGUCAGAGGUUCUUGUGUUAACAAUUCUAAGGAGGAAGAUGCUCCCAGGAUGUACUGCAGCACAGAAGGAGAAUGGCUUGUACCCAUCGGCAAGUGCUCUUGCAAUGCUGGCUACGAAGAAGGAGGUUUGAUGUGCCGAGCUUGUCGUCCCGGUUUCUACAAGGCCUCGGAUGGUGGUAUGAAGUGUGCCAAGUGCCCCCCUCACAGCUCCACUCCGGAAGAUGGUUCAGUGAACUGCAGGUGUGAGAAUAAUUACUUCCGGGCAGACAGAGACCCUCCAUCCAUGGCUUGUACCCGACCUCCAUCUGCACCAAGAAAUGUUAUCUCUAAUAUAAACGAGACCUCGGUUAUCCUGGACUGGAGUUGGCCCCUGGACACAGGAGGCCGGAAAGAUGUUACCUUCAACAUUAUAUGUAAAAAGUGUGGGUGGAAUAUAAAACAAUGUGAGCCUUGCAGCCCCAAUGUCCGCUUCCUCCCUCGACAGUUUGGACUCACCAACACGACAGUGACAGUGACAGACCUCCUGGCACACACUAACUACACCUUUGAGAUCGAUGCCAUUAAUGGGGUGUCAGAGCUGAGCUCACCACCAAGACAGUUUGCUGCCGUCAGCAUCACAACUAACCAGGCUGCUCCAUCACCUGUCAUCACGAUUAAGAAGGAUCGAACAUCCAGAAACAGUAUCUCUUUAUCUUGGCAAGAACCUGAACACCCUAAUGGGAUCAUAUUGGACUACGAGGUCAAAUACUAUGAAAAGCAGGAACAAGAGACAAGUUAUACCAUUCUGAGAGCAAGAGGCACGAAUGUGACCAUCAGUAGCCUCAAGCCUGACACGACAUAUGUCUUCCAAAUCAGAGCCCGAACAGCAGCUGGAUACGGGACCAACAGUCGCAAGUUUGAGUUUGAAACUAGCCCAGACUCUUUCUCCAUCUCGGGUGAGAAUAGCCAGGUGGUCAUGAUCGCCAUCUCAGCGGCGGGAGCCAUCCUCCUCCUCAGCGGUGUCACCUACGUUUUGAUCGGGAGGUUUUGUGGCUACCACAAGUCGAAACAUGGUGCAGAGGAAAAAAGACUUCAUUUUGGAAAUGGACAUUUAAAACUGCCAGGUCUCAGGACUUAUGUUGACCCACACACGUAUGAAGACCCGGCCCAAGCAGUUCACGAGUUUGCUAAGGAACUGGACGCCACCAACAUAUCCAUUGACAAAGUUGUUGGAGCAGGUGAAUUUGGAGAGGUGUGCAGUGGUCGCUUAAAACUUCCGUCAAAAAAAGAGAUUUCAGUGGCCAUUAAGACCCUGAAAGUGGGGUACACGGAAAAGCAGAGGAGAGACUUCCUGGGAGAAGCAAGCAUUAUGGGACAAUUUGAUCAUCCCAACAUCAUCCGACUAGAGGGAGUCGUUACUAAAAGUAAACCAGUUAUGAUUGUCACAGAAUACAUGGAGAAUGGUUCCUUGGACGGUUUCUUACGUAAACACGAUGCCCAGUUUACCGUCAUCCAGCUAGUGGGGAUGCUCCGAGGGAUAGCGUCUGGCAUGAAGUACCUCUCAGACAUGGGCUAUGUUCACCGGGACCUCGCUGCUCGGAACAUCUUGAUCAACAGUAAUUUGGUGUGUAAGGUUUCUGAUUUUGGACUUUCACGUGUUCUGGAGGAUGACCCAGAAGCUGCCUACACAACAAGAGGAGGGAAGAUCCCAAUCCGGUGGACGUCACCAGAAGCUAUAGCCUACCGCAAAUUCACAUCAGCCAGCGACGUGUGGAGUUACGGGAUUGUUCUCUGGGAGGUGAUGUCCUAUGGAGAGAGACCAUACUGGGAGAUGUCCAAUCAGGACGUAAUUAAAGCUGUGGAUGAGGGCUACCGCCUGCCGCCUCCCAUGGACUGCCCAGCUGCAUUGUACCAGCUGAUGCUGGACUGCUGGCAGAAAGACAGGAACAACAGGCCCAAGUUUGAGCAGAUCGUCAGCAUCCUGGACAAGCUGAUCCGGAACCCGGGAAGUCUGAAGGUCGUCACCAGCGCAGCGGCAAGGCCAUCAAACCUUCUUCUGGACCAAAGCAAUGUCGACGUCCCUACCUUCCGCACACCAGGUGACUGGCUUAAUGGUGUCCGGACAGCACAGUGCAAGGAAAUCUUCACAGGAGUGGAGUACAGUUCUUGUGACACCAUAGCCAAGAUUUCCACAGAUGACAUGAAAAAAGUUGGUGUCACUGUGGUUGGGCCACAAAAGAAGAUCAUCAGUAGCAUUAAAGCUCUAGAAACUCAAUCAAAAAAUGGUCCAGUUCCAGUGUAAAAUGCUAUUUCCGGUUAGAAGUGGUGGCUGUGGAAGAUGUAGCAUUACUCUGAAGAUUGAUGACAAUGCUGGAGAUACUGGUGGCAGUUCCAAGCCCAAUAAGACAUUCAGAUAUGAGUACAAAUGCCUUAAAGUGGAAUUGGAAAACCCUUUAUUUUCCCCGAUCAUUUAGUGGAUGGGUGGGCGGGUGUAUUUUGUUUUGUAAUUGCUUUUUUAUAUUAGUCGAUGAAUUGAAUUAAAAUUCUUCAGUGUGAAAUGAUGAAGAACUAGCAUAGAGCCAUUGACUAUAAACUGAUGAUCACGGAGCAAAACAAGUGAAGUGACAAAAUGAACGUGGUGGCUCUGUUUACUGUGAGCCACUAGAGAAAAGACUUGUGAUAUUUUUCUACACAGAAGAAAUCUGUAACAGGUAUUUUGUUUCCUUAGACACAAGCUAAAUCGAGGAAUUUAUACCUCAAACUAUCUGGCCAUAUUUACUACGUUUCCAUUGUAUUAUUCUCUUUUAUCUGUUAAAAGCAUAUAGAGAUGAAGUUUGUAGUUGUUUUAAGCACUCCACAUUUUUAAUUGUUAGCUUCCUUCAGUAUUAUCAUGUAAAAAUUGUCUUAAUUUUGAAGAAAAGUAUGUAUUUAUUUUCUUUUGAAUUGCUUUUAUUGUUUUCUAUUUAUACCUUGAUGAUUUAAUUUGGGUUUGUUACAGCCAAGUGCCAAAUGCUCUCUCAAAUUGUCAGCAGUAGGAAACAUGGUGAACUAGACAAGGAGAAUGACGAGUUUCUUUCCAGAUUUUUUGAACCAUCCAUUUAUAUGUAUCUAUGUAUCUAUCUAUCUAUAUGAAAGGAAAGAAGCCAAACCCAUUCCCUCUUUAUAGACUAGCCCAAUCUCUCACAGUAUGGAUUAUCCCAUCAAUUUUUAUCUUUCCAUUUAUUAGAAAGUGUGUACUGUUAAUUUAGUGUGAUGCAUUGGCUGGUGUGUAAAGGCUUCUCAAUGACAUGCCUGCCCUGCUCCGGUGCUUAGGAGAUCACCACCUCCCUUCGUUAGUAAAGAAGCUAUUUAGAGCUCCUGAAUAGAGAAUAGCUACACUGGAAAGAAUUGGAAUCUUAUUUAGAUUGUUGCAUUAGUUGGCAACAGAGCCUAUAGGCCAGUGCAUGAGUCAAAAACUCACUGCUGACUGGCUUUGAAAUGUCACUUGAUCUCUUUGCUUAAACUUCUUAAGCUGUUUGUAGGGAAUGAUGAUAACUGAACUACUUACCUGCACCACUGGGGUUUAGUUAAAUUAAUUAAACAUUGUGAUCACCAAUACCGGGUAUUAUUAUCUUUAAGAGUCUUCCACUGAAAUGCACCUGUUGUAAUUUUGGUGUAUAACUUAGAAGCAUUGAACUUCUUUGCAUUUGUAUGGCUUAUAAUUUUCAAAAUAGCUGGUUGUCUAGCAAAUGACUCAAAAUCUGUAGGCAAUGGAGAGAUCUGUCAUUGCAGGAACUUAGACUUACUAUUCUAUAAAGGUCAAAUGUCAUCAUAUUCAGUAAUAUUUGAAAAGAUGUACCCAGUGGAGAUCUCGACACUAAUAUAUUGUGAAGCACCAUUUUAGCUCUGUCUAUAUUCUUUCUAAUGCUGAUAUGAUCAUGUUAUGGGAAUAAGAAAUGCAUAUGUCACAAGAAUGGAAUGGAUAAAAAAUGCUGCAACAUGUAUGCUCUUAUGCUUAAUGGAACACUAUACAGCUUACAAUCACAGAUCAAAAUUCACAAGUGAUAAUCUCUUGUAAAUUGAGUGUAAUAAGGCUUAGGUUGUGUUCCUCCAUAUAUGAGAUUAUUUCUUAAAUUUCUGGGAUAUUCCUUAUAGUCAAAUCAUCUUACUAGAAUUAUGUAUUGGAUAUAUAAGAGCUUGAGCUUUUUAAAAAGAUAUAUGAGGUUAUGAAAUUAAUUACAAAUUUCACUUAAGCCUGCUAGAAACAGCUAGAAAACAUUUAUUUAAUCAAAUGUUUUGUGUGGUGGAGUUAGAUUGAGAUCUGAAUCGGGCUCCAAUUUCAUUUUUCCCAGACUAGCAUUUACUUUCUUAGAUACUAUUCUGAGCAUACUCAGCAAAAUCUGUGCAUGUCAUGAACCCACAGAAAUUGAGGAUCGUUGAAUCUAUUUCACUUACUUUGGCUCUGGUUUACAUUUGAAAGUAGAGAUGGUAUAGACAGUUUGUUGCUCUCAUAUUUCCCCUAUUUUUCUAUGUGACCUCUUAUAAAUUUACUUUACACAAUUCUUACCCUGUACAUAUGUAAACACAACAGUGUGUGAUUCCAAACUGUGGAGUAGAGGUGCUAGGAUGCGUGUGGCCAUCUCUUUGUACAGGAACUGCGUUGACUUUCAAUAAACACGGAACCACAACUCCUUCACGAUGUCAUGUACGGUAUGAUCUGUUUUGUAUCUUAAAUUUGAUUUACAUAUAUUAUUUAUUUUUGGUAACUGGCCCAGUUUAUGCUGUACUAAGUAUCAAUUAAGCCAUAUAUAAAUGUGAUAAGAUUGGCAACAUGUAUUUACUUUAAACUUGUAUUUUCA